UUUGACAUUUCUCAACUUUUCGUGGUCCAGUUCCGUCGUGUCGAGUAUAUGUGGAAUAAAUUUUUGUUAGAUUGUGAGGCGUUUCGGGAGAUUAUUUGUUAUAAAUAUUAUUUCUGUUUCAAUGCUUUCCGUUACGAUUAUUUUUGUGUUUCAUUAAGUGUGGAUGCUGUGUCUCAUUGAUCAUAGAUUUCAAAGAUAGAUUUGUGGCAAGGAAGAUGUCAGUAUUUAUCUUGCACAGUGUUAUUUCCGUUAAAUUGUGGUAAAUAAUCGCAAUGUCAAAAACAAUAAAAUCGGCCAACAUAACUUUAAAGCCUAUCGAGGUAUCAAAGGCUUUACAAGAAGGGGAGAAAUUUAUAAAAUGGGAUGAGGAUUCCGGGGCUGGACUACCCGUUACACUUCGGGUGGAUCCCAAGGGAUUCUAUUUAUUUUGGACUGACCAGAAUAUGGAAGUAGAAAUGCUGGACAUAGCAACUAUCAGAGAUGUCAGAACUGGUGUCCAUGCUAAACUGCCUAAGGAUCAGAAGAUACGGAAUGUGGUGUUGAUCGGGUCCCAGGGGUCGUUGGAAGAGAAGACGGUGUCUGUCUGCUACGGCGCAGACUUCGUCAAUGUCACCUUUGUUAACUUCUGCUGUACGAGGAGGGAUAUCGCACAGAUGUGGACGGAGGAACUGUUCAGUCUCGCGUACAAUCUGAACCAGCUCAACAACCCUACAAUCAAGUUUUUAGAGAAGCUGCAUACGAAGAUAGUACUUAAGGCGGACAAGUCGGGGAAAAUACUCGUGAAAAAUAUCGUGCGGCAGUUUGCACAGAACAAAGAAGAUAAGAAACGAGUAGAGAAGGCACUAAGUGAGUCUGGUCUACCGACUGGUAAAAACGACACAAUCAGUCAGUCUAAGUUCCAGUUUGAAGACUUUUUCGCUUUUUAUAAAAGUCUUACGCAGCGUACGGAAGUUUUGAAGAUAUUUAAUAGUCUUACGGACAACAAGCCUCACCUAUCCGCCAAUCAGUUGGUGGACUUCUUAAACGAUGUGCAACGUGACCCCCGGCUGAAUGAGAUAUUGCACCCCUACGCAGAUAUACAACGCGCAAGAGACCUCAUCAGGACAUACGAGUACAAUAAAUAUCACCAACAGAGGUCGCAGCUCACGUUCGAUGGUUUUCUUAGAUUUCUAAUGUCCGAAGACAACCCUAUAGUUGCGCCGAGUAAGAUGGAUCUAUGUGAUGACAUGGACCAGCCUCUCGCGCAUUACUUCAUCAACAGCUCACAUAACACCUACCUCACCGGACACCAGAUAACCGGCAAGUCCAGCGUGGAGAUAUACCGACAGAGCUUGCUCGCUGGUUGCAGGUGCGUGGAAUUAGAUUUCUGGAAUGGUCGUACGGACGAGCCGAUCAUAGCUAAUUACUGCCGGGACAUCUUCGGUGAUAUGCUACUCGAUAGACCGCUCGAUUCACAUCAAUUGGAACCAGGAGGGGAGUUACCUCCCCCAUCUCUACUGAAGCGUAAGAUAAUAAUAAAGAACAAAAAGAAGCAUCACCAUCACCACAAGAAGGAGGGCUCCGUGGGCUCAGAAGACGUGGAGGCGCGCGACCCUGCGCAGGCGCAAGGCAACGGGGAGAUCGUCCACGGACCUCUCGCCCGACAAGAGAAAAAUCGAUUCUACGAGAUGUCGUCGUUCGACGAGAAGCAGGCGACGACGCUGCUGAAGGAGCGGCCCAUAGAGUUCGUGAACUACAACAAGCACCAGCUGUCGCGUGUCUACCCCGCCGGCACGCGCUUCGACUCCUCCAACUUCAUGCCUCAGGUGUUCUGGAACGCGGGCUGCCAGCUGGUGGCCCUCAACUAUCAGACCCUGGACUUAGCGAUGCAGCUGAACCUCGGCACCUUCGAGUACAACCGCCGCUGCGGGUACCUCCUCAAGCCGGAGUUCAUGCGACGGAAGAGAGUCGCGCCCAACAACGGCAUCAAUCCCGUCUACGGCGAUGAGCCCUUUGUCUUCAAGAAGGUGGUGCUGCCCGAGCUGGCCAUGCUGUAUAAGAGAUUAGAAUUUUAA